AUGUCUACUCCGGAGCAACUCAAAUGUAAUACCUGUACCUCAAAAUAUCACUUUGAAUGUGUUAGUACGACAGCUAAAAAAUUCAAAAGUGCUUCGUCAGAAUACAAAAACUCCUGGGUCUGCCCAGCAUGUCGUUCUAAGCCGUCGAAAGCUGAUGGUCCUAUCUCCAUGGCACGGACUGUCGGCUUCGAUGCCGACCAAGAUGGUACCUCAUCAAAUGUUACCUUGCGACGUAAUAAAAACGAUAUGCCCGCUAAAUCUGCUGACAGCCUAACGUUGGAGAAUGUAAAGGCUGUGAUGCAAGAAACGAUGGAUGGCCUUUUAGGCAAUAUGGAGAUGAGAAUGACCAAAGCAAUUGAAGAAAAAUAUAAAGAAAUAUUUAAGGAAUUCAAUGAUAUGAAGGAAUCAAUUACCCACUUAAAAACUGAAUGUGAGAACCUAAAAAAGGAAAACGAAAGUUUAAAAACUACAGUAACAGAUUUAGGUAAUCGUCUAACUACUUUCGAGCAGUACUCCCGAAGAAGCAACUUAGAAAUUCAAUGCAUACCGGAGCAUAAAGCAGAAAACUUGAUAAACGUCGUAAACCAAAUCGCCAAAGUGGUUGGUAAUAAUCUCACCGAGACUGACAUAAACAAGUGUACAAGGAUUGCUAAAAUGAAUCCAGAAAGCAAACGCCCGCGUUCUGUAGUUGUUACUUUUGCGAGUCCUAGGAGUCGAGACGCUUUUCUCGCAAGUGUAAUCCAGUUUAACAAGAAGAACCGCAAUGACAAAUUGAACACCAGCCAUAUUGGCUAUGGAGGUGUAAAAAGUUCAAUUUAUGUGGUGGAACACCUCGCUCCUGAAGUAAAAAAAUUACACGCCCAGACCAGAGAAGCUGCAAAAAAACUGAAUUAUAAAUUCGUGUGGGUUAAAAAUAGUCGCAUAUUCAUGAGAAAAUCGGAGACGUCAGAGCAUAUAACUAUCCGUGAAGCUAACCAGUUAAAGUCGCUGAACUAG